UACCGUCGAUAUAUACAACCCAAAUGCAGCGUCUUAUAAUAUAUAUGCCAUUCCGCCACCCCACUAAUGUAUCUUCAAUCACAUAAUACAUGGGAGAAUUAUUGGGCCGUUUCUUGCCGGAAAAUAUCCGGCCGGACGACGCGAAUCCGGCAUGGAUGAACAAAGGCGACAAUGCAUGGCAACUAACCUCCGCAACGUUCGUCGGCCUCCAAAGCAUUCCCGGCCUCGUUAUCCUCUACGGCAGCAUUGUCAAGAAGAAAUGGGCCGUCAAUUCCGCUUUCAUGGCGCUUUACGCCUUCGCCGCCGUUUUGGUUUGUUGGGUUUGUUGGGGCUAUCAAUUGGCCUUCGGCGGCUCACUUUUUCCGUUCAUCGGAAAGCCGAGCCGACGUGAAAUGGACCAGACGUUUCUUUUAAGUCAAGCGUUUAUUGGAAAGUUCCCUAAUGCGACGAUGAUUUAUUUUCAGUUUGUUUUUGCCGCCAUUACCAUGAUUCUCCUCGCCGGCGCGUUGCUGGGACGGAUGAAUUUCCGCGCGUGGAUGCUCUUUGUUCCGCUUUGGCUGACUUUUUCGUACACCGUUUGCGCUUUUAGUAUUUGGAGCCCCGGCGGGUGGCUGUUUAAGAUGGGGAUAAUUGAUUACUCCGGCGGGUUAGUGAUCCAUCUUUCCUCCGGCGUGGCGGGUUUCACCGCCGCGUAUUGGGUGGGCCCACGCGCGGCGAGGGAUCGGGAGAGGUUCCCGCCGAAUAAUAUCCUCCUAAUGCUCGCCGGCGCCGGGAUAUUGUGGAUGGGGUGGACGGGGUUCAACGGCGGCGAUCCUUACGUGGCCAGCGCCGACGCGUCGUUGGCGGUGCUCAAUACCCACAUAUGCGCGGCGGCGAGUUUGCUGACGUGGCUGUUACUGGACAUUCUGUUCUACGAGAAGCCCUCCGUGAUCGGCGCUACGCAAGGGAUGAUUACCGGCCUGGUUUGCAUCACGCCGGCCGCCGGCGUCGUGCAGGGCUGGGCGGCGAUCAUAAUGGGAAUUCUCUCCGGCAGCCUUCCCUGGUUCAGCAUGAUGUUCGUACACAAAAGAGUAAAGCUCCUAAAACAAGUGGACGAUACGCUGGCGGUUUUCCACACCCACGCCGUUGCCGGAAGUCUCGGCGCAAUUCUCGCCGGGUUUUUCGCGAACCCUAAGCUCAGCCGGAUCUUCUACGGCGUUCCCGACUGGGAAAACCUGAUCGGCUUAGCUUACGGGCUCCACAACCGCCGCAUCGCCGCGGGGCUCCGCCAGAUGGGGAUUCAGCUCAUCGGGAUCGGAUUCGUGGUGGUGUACAACGUUGUUGUCACGAGCUUGAUUUGCUUGAUAGUAAAGCUGGUAGUUCCGUUAAGGUUAACGGAAGAACAGUUGAUUGUUGGGGACAGUGCUGUUCAUGGAGAAGAUGCAUAUGCACUGUGGGGUGAUGGAGAGAAAUUAGAAACCUCAAGAAACAUUCAUUCUAACUCCAACAAGAUUCAUUCUGCUAUUGAACUUGAUGAAGACCAUCCACUACCAAAACCUCCAAGUUCUAUCAUUUCUGAACCUGAAUCUGAAUUAAGCUCGCAAUACGUCUAUGACUUUGUAAUCUAGUGGCAUAAAGUAACUAUC